UUCAAAACAACUAUAACCUGCCAUUUCAAAAUCAAUCAGUAGAAUUGACCCAAAAAAAAUCCAAUUUGGUUUUAAUGCAUGCGAUGAAAAAGAGUCAAUAAAUGAAAUAUAAAUAAAAUACUAUAUCAAUAAAUUCCUCAUAGUAUUUUGUGGACUGAAAUGAGUUCCUGUAAUUCAAAUGAAAUUUAUCAUGAGAGACAAGUGAGAGAAUUGUGUGCCCUUCAUGCGCUGAAUAAUUUAUUUCAAUGUAAGGACUUCUCUAAAUCUGAAUUAGAUCUCAUUUGUAAUAACUUAUCUCCUGAUAAUUGGAUAAAUCCUCAUAAAUCUAUGUUAGGCAUUGGUAAUUAUGAUAUUAAUGUUAUUAUGAAAGCCUUGCAAUCAAGAGGCUGUGAAGCAAUUUGGUUCGAUAAAAGAAAGGAUCCUACUUCUUUGAAUUUUCGAAAUAUUAUUGGUUUAAUCUUCAAUAUCCCGAGUGACUACAAAUUUAGUUUCAUUACAAUACCUUUGAAUAGAAAACAUUGGGCCACAAUAAGAGAAAUUGAUGGAAUAUUUUAUAAUUUAGAUUCCAAACUUGAUGCUCCACUAGCAAUAGGAACUGAAAUGGAACUAAUAACUUUCCUCAAAACAGAAAUAGAUAGCAAAGAUAAGGAAAUGUUUAUAGUUGUGAGCAAUGAAGUAGCUGGAAAAAAAAGUUGGCUUAAAGAUCCUGAUAGUUAUAGAAAUGAACCAGAUAACAUUGAGGGGAGAGGGGCACAAAUCCUCCAGUUAAAAGAUAUUCUACCUGUGGUCCCUGGACCUCAAACAUUAUAACAAUAAAGAAAACAAGUUAUAUUUCCUAAUAUUCAAAUAGUUUCAAUAUCAACAUUCAAAUCAUUGGGAACAUGGAAACACUAAAUAAUUUGUCAAUUGAUUUUGUAACAUUCGGAAGAGUUAAAACAAGAAUAUUCAAUUCUUUAAUAUCAACAAAAUUUUCCUGAUUUCACAACGGGUACAAAUGGGAAUAAUUUUUUCAACUGUGAUAAUUUAAUAGCUUAAACACUUCAUUGCAUGCUACUGAAGAAUAAUAAAAAGUUAGUUAUUAAAUAAAACUAUCUCAUAUCUUGUUAUUUAUUUUAAUUUUUUUAUCAAAUGUUAUAAUGUUAAAAUAAUUAAAAAUAAAUUUUUAUAGAAUA